AGCGCAGUAAGGCACUAGCAAGCCACCAAGCUGAAGAGCUGAGCCAGCAAGCAUCAACCAGACGCUGGACACACUCCCUGCAUAAUCCAGCACACGCAUCGCAGCGAUGCACCCGCGACGGGUCGCGCUCCUGGCAUUGGCGUCCACCGCUGCGGCCCUCCAGGCGCCACGCCAGCCGACGACAGCGCAGCAGCGCCAGCCAACCACGACAAGACGCGUCGCCACGCUCGAGCCGCCGACCACAAAGAAGCCGCUCCGCCUCAAGCUCACAAGUCCAGAGCCAACUAACGACUUCGUGAAGCCCGACGGCACGCUCGACGUCAUUCCCUUCUCCGCGCAAGCCGAGUACGAGCUCAAGCCAAGGCAGAGAGUUAUUGGAUUGGCCUACAUUUCUACACUGUGCACAAUAGUAGCAUCGUCGAGGAUCCCGGCCUUUUUUCGUUUACUAGGCCUACAGUACGCCGCUUUUUCGGCGUUCGAGUACUGCUUCCACCGGUGGUGCAUGCACUCGACGUACGGGACCUGGCGCGACAAGAUCUUUUCGCGGUGGAAUCGACUCCAUGUCCAACAUCAUUUGGAUACGAAUCCGGACAUGACGAUGGUCGAGGGCUACAACUGGAAAGGCAUUAGGUUUAACUAUUUAACCUCAAGGUUGUCUGUUGUGAUUGGAUCAUCGGUAUCAUACUUACUCGUGAAGGCUCUACGAUUAGAUCUCCCGUUCUGGCCCACUCCCAUCGUAAGUUGGUUGCUGGCCAUGUACCACGGGGUGCUGUGGAACAAGCUUCAUACGGACAGUCACGAUUUACAAGAGACGUUGACAUGGUUUGACGGUGUCAAAUAUGUUCGGAAUAUACCGACGGGCAACCGCUACGCUAGAUGGUUGUUGACGAACCACAUCGGCCACCACGCUAUUGAUGGGAAAGGCAACUACAACAUCGUCUUCCCGGGGCCGGACCACCUCGCGGGGACGUUCUACCAGCUUAAGACAUGAUUGUUUC